UUGUUAAAUCUAUAAGAAUGGAUGAAAAUCACGGACAAAAUCUAGACUCAGAAUAUAAACGGUAUAUGGAAAUAAUACGACCCUAUUUAGGUCAGUUACUUGAUCAGGAUGUUAUUGAAAUCUGUAAUGCUUGGAUUCAAAGGCUUUCAAAUUGUAAAGAAAACGAAAAAUCAUUACGCAACAAAUACAUAUUUGCUAUGUGCUAUCAAUUAGCCAAAGGCAUACUCGAGGAACCAUUUCUCAAAUACCCAUCGGCUGAUGAAUUAUCUCUAUUAACAGAUGAUGCGAAUAGUGAUGAAACUUUAUCAGAAUUAGAAUAUCAAAUAAUAGAUUUAGAUAACGGCCAUACACAAGUUCUGUAUGACAAUGAAAAAACUUCGGUAUCUACAAUAGAAUAUUCGUCUGGAAACAGUGAAUUUAAAACUGACGAUAAUAAAAAUCAAGAAUUGACUAAUAGAAACGAAUCUUUUAAUUCAAUGACUUACAAUAUACCAGAAAAUAUGUAUAACCAAAACAUAAUAUGCUAUAAUUGUUCUAAUAACGUGCCAGAUUUUAACAAUAAUAAAAUUACUGAAGAGUCUUAUAACAUUAGAACAAAAAAUGUGAUAAUGAAACUUCGAGAAAUUAAAAGACAAAACGUUAUGCUUCAAAAUGAGUUGACAGCCUUAAAAGAGAAUUUAAGAACCAGGAAUCAAGUUGAUAAUUUGUCUAAUGACAUUUUGAAGGUUAAUAAUGCUACCAGUACUUACGCGAUAUCACAAGAUAGCACAACUACCUUAAAAUGCAAAUUAGAAGAAAUGGUUCUAUCUAGAAAUAAUCUUCUUCAGAAAAUAAAGAAUUUACAGGAUAAUCUCGAUAAUUUUAAUUAUAUUAAGCAACAUGAAAUAGAAGAAUUAGAAGCAAAACAUAAAUUACAAAUGAUUGAUACUAAAGCAUCUGUACAGGAAGAAAUGAAAGCUUGUUAUGAAAAUGAUUUAGAAGACCUUAAACGACAAUAUGAAAGAACUAUUAAAGAAAUUGAAACAAGAAAAAAUAAUGAAGCAGAAAAAAUUAUAAUGAAUAAAGAUGAAAUCAUUGCUAAUAAAGAUAAAACUAUAAUAUCUCAGGGUGUUGAAAUAGACCAAUUAAAAAACUGCAUUAAGGAUCUUAAAAAGGAACAAUGCUAUUUAUCUAGCAAAUAUUCAAGCGUUCCUUAUGACUCAAAUACAGAAAAUUUUAAAGAAAAAGUAGAAGAUUUAGAAAAACGUAUAAAUAAAAUACAAAAAUCUAAAGCAAAGUUGUCCAGGGCCUGUGAAGUAAAGCUAACUAAUUUACAGAGAGACAAACAUUUAAUGGAGUGUUCAUUGCAUCUUGAAUUAGUUAGACAGAGAGCUCAGGUAAUACAAGAAAUAUCUAAUGAUCAUCAAACUGAAUUAACUGAAGCUCUAAACAAAUUAGAGAGCAACUACAAGGAAAUUAUUGCUAAUGUACAAUCAACAGCUGUUCAACGCAGAAUGCAGGACCAAAUGGCGUUAGAAUCGAUAAUACAAGCAGUUUGCGGUGUACGGAAUGAAGGUAUGUACACUAAUAGUGCACAAGCUACAUGUCCAAGCCAAUUAACGAACAAAGCUACGCGUAAUCAAACGAGAGACUGCAAUCGAAAUUGUGAUAUUGAAAUUCCGACCGUAUAUAAAGGUAAUAAGGUCGGUAGUAUUAUAGUCGGUGGUAAAUCUUUCGGCGAAGAGAGUGUGGUAAAUGACUAUUGCCUCGAUAGUGAGAAGUUGGGUGAAUUGUUCGAGAAAUUGUACAUUCCUCAGAGGGACACGGGCGGCGACACGACUAAAAAGUAAUCUAACUUUUAACAACAAUUCCUGUGGAAAUUUUAUUCGUGAAUAAUUAACUCGUUUGGUAUUCAUUCAAA